AUGCGCCAUACCAAGGCUCGGAACAUAAUAGAGCGAGCCUUUGCUGUGAUGAAAGUGCGCUGGGGGAUUCUUCGCAGUGCAAGCUUUUAUCCGAUUGAUGUGCAAACAAAUCUUAUUAUUGCUUGUUUUUUGCUCCACAAUUUCAUUCGCGGUCAAAUGGAGAUUGAUCCUCUUGAAGUGCAAAUGGAUAGCCAAGGGGAUGAUGGCAGUCGAUCUGAUCCUGAUGAUGAUCGAGUGGAUUUCAUACAGAGCAUCGAACCUACCACCGCAUGGGCUAAGAAGAGAGACGAUUUAGCAGCUGAAAUGUGGCUUGAUUUCAGUUCAUAA